AUGGUUGGUGAUUCCACAGCUGGGCACUAUGUUCGAGAAAAAUGGCUGGUUAACAAGAAACAGAUAUGUGUAGAUGAAGGGCCGACUAAUUCAGACAGCCGCUAUUCUCAAGAAGUUUCUUUGAUGCCCGGGGGGCAAGUUGCUGAUGAUAAAUCUUGGUUAUCGGAUAGUCAUGACUUGAUGUUUGGGCGAACCGUCAAACGAUCAGCAGUCUACAAUGAUACACAUCGACUUGGUGUUGUUUGUUUCACGAAUCCUUACACACUCAGUCCAGAAGAUAUGGGUACUUGUCAAUAUCAUGUUGAUCCAAGUUUUCAGUUCGGUUCUAUGAUUUUUAGUAAAGGUGAUAAAGGACAGCUUGUGAAAUACCCAUCAUCCAUUCUGAAUAUAAGUGGGUUCAACAAGAUUGAUGAUAACCAAUGGCAGCUUCAUACAUUCAUGGUGAACAUAGAAAAAAUGUUUGAUGUUUUGAAUAGAGACAUGGAUGCCGGAGAAGGCAUUGCACUCGAGAUUAUGCCAAACUUUUUGGGUCUACACCAAAAGAGGAUUAGAGCAUUUUAUGUUGAAAAGAUAGUGGCCAAAAAGGAUGAUGAUGUGAAGUCGAAGGUUGAUGUGAAUAGUGAUCGCAACAAAGAUAAUCAUUUAAAGAAGGAUGACAAGUUGGAAAAGGGUCAAGCAGAGCUAAAAUUUGUUAAGCCGAUUGAAGAGCAACAGAUUCAAUCGCAGUUAAAAAGUGAACAAAUGGUUCAUGCGACAUUAAGUGAGAUCAAUUUGGCAUCAACAAUCAGCAAAGAAAAGAGCUGCAAGCAGGCCGGUUCUAAUACAAUUAGUGGUUCUGCCAUCUCUUGCCCAGUUUUCAUACAGUUUUGCAGUCAACCUGAGGUAAGAUGUGACCAGCCAAUUACUUUUCCAUUGAUUGUGCAAGGUCAAGAUUUGUUAGCAGUGAUUGACAAGGAAGGUGCCAAGGAAAAUGGUUCUGAUAUAGUCAGUCGACACUUGUCAACAGUUACAAGGGAGGUCAAGAACAAAGUUGUUCCUGGUAUUAAACUUCAAGAUGAUGAGAAGCAAAACGUGAACAGUGCUUCUAGUUCUCCUACUUCAGAUGGACGGUUCAGUCCAAAAUCGGGCCUUAGUGUUAACAUGGCUCAAGAACAGAAGAAUCGUAGAAGUUAA